AUGAUUCUACCAAUGGCGGAGAGCUCCGAAACAGUCCUUUCUUCCAUUCUCGCUAUCGCUGCCCAUGAUCUGGUAUCGGAGUAUUCUCCCAAUGACCUGGGACAUGGAACGUUCCAGCAGAUGUCGAUCAACUAUCAAAAUAAAUCCCUUGCCCUGUUGGCUCAAGAGUUGAACGGUCUUUCUACAUCGUCUACGUCGGCACUGCAAGCGAGCACAACAUCUGCCUACACCCUGGCAUCUGUGAUUCUUCUCUGCAAUAAUGAGUUUAUGAAACCCCAAGGUGCCGGGUGGAGGGUUCAUCUCUCAGCUGCGAAGGAGAUCAUCCUAGCGGCAGGGAACCGACCAUGCCAACACCACCAGCUAGCCUGCAUCGAACAGUUUCUCAUGUUGGAAUUCUAUGAGGCUUCGGUGUGGGCUGAUUUGACGGCUUUCGAUAACUACAACAUGGCGAUCAAAUCUCCUCCGGCUAGCGCCGAGAAUGCAGUCUUCACCGACUUCAUUCGGCUAAUAGACCAUAUCACCCGCCUUGAGCGUCUGAGAUUUUGUUCUGAGACAAUCGAGCAGGCUUCAUCAUACGGCCCGACCCAAGACGUCCAGUCGCAGAUUGAGUCAGCUAGAAACAACUUGAUGCGUCUCAGUGAUUCCAUUCCCUUUUCCUCCGAAGCGGAUCAAAUUGGCUUUGAACUGGUAGUGUGGAUGUACUACCACGCAACCAUCAUCUACAGUCAUCAGGCUUUAUCAGAGGAUGCUACUCCUAAUGAUGACGUGCGGAAGUCUCGGGAUGAAAUCCUCCGCUAUGCACAAUUUCUCUCCGAGACUCGGGACGGCACGUUUGCCCAGGACCUUGUCUGGCCACUUUUCAUGGCAGGAACUGAGCUACGAGGACAUCUGACCGGUCAAAAGGUCAUUCAGGAAUGCUUUGGAAAUGUCAUGCGUAUCAGCCGUAGUCUGGAUAGAGCGCGUGUUCUCUCGUUCGUUGAGACCUGGUGGAACGACCCUGGUACUUAUCCAUCUUGGAUUGACAUGGCUCGAAAGCAAUCCCAAUCUUCGCAGUGUGACUUUCUCAUUGUAUAA